AGUCUAUGCAGCGGUGAAGGACACUGUGCUUUGGAUUUACACCAUAGCGGUGCCGCUUUGAGCAUAUCGCGGUGUCAGUGUGGAUUUAAUCUUGUGAAAUUGAUAUUUUUUUUGCAUCGCUACUCUGAAAACUGAACCCGUUUUUCUUCUUUCAGCUGGGGGAGAGGAUUGUGCCAUAUUGGAGCUUUUGCGAUGCGCGUCCAGGGACAACGCGGCAGGCCAUCCAUACGUGAGCUUCCCCCUGCUCUCAGCUGUCAUUCUCUUAUAGUGUGAUGGAAACAUAAGCAACUCAUCUGUGUGCAUGUUUAUGAACCGCUUUCAUCAAGCCACUGUCGCACAGUUGGCGCGCGGAGAGCGAACGGCCACAGGGCGACGGUCUCGCAGCGCGCACAUGCCCCUUUGAAGUGGACGCGUCUCCGUGUGUUGUAUGGCUAAAGCCGGAGGUCUCCUGCCGACAGGACGCACAGUGCGGAGUUAGAAGUUGUUGCUCUUUGUGUCUCGAACGACUCUCCGCACCACGACACCAAUGAUCACUGAGAACAAUGAGAUGGAGAGCGACGCGCAGCUCCAGCGCUCUCCAAGCACCAUGUCCGUCCAACCGAGGACAUCCAAGCUCCAACGGCUAAAGCGCUCGCUGUCCUUCAAGACCAUCAUGCGCAGUAACAGCGUGGAGAACUUCUUCCAAAGAUCCUACAGUGACGCUCGCCUGCCCCCGGAUUUCAUCACCGACCCACCGCCUCCUUCUCCCCCUCUGCUCCCAGGCUCGCCUCUCGUCGGUGACCGCUCACCGUCCAUUUCACCGUCUCUCAGCCCCAACCCCUCCAUCUCCUCCCACUCCCCCUCUCUCAGCCUUUCCCCAUCACUGCCCACCAAGCCUCCACGUCCUCUGAUUACCCACUGUUUUCAGGACCAUGUUUUUCGCAAGCCCACCAACUGCCAGCACUGCAAACACAUGAUAGUGGGAAACUCCAAACAAGCUCUGCGAUGUAAAACGUGCAAGAUGGCCGCUCACCUGUGGUGCACCUCGGAGCUAUCGCAGCAGCUGUGUCAUGGGAAGCCCGGAGUGUUCAAGCGAAACUUCAGCUCGCCGAUGCUCGUCAAUGACCAACUGGCUGUCGUCAAGGAAGUUCAGCCAAGCCAAGAGGCCGUGCGGACGCGUGUCGACCCUGUGUAUGCCGCCUUGCGUUACGGGACAUCUUUGGGACAGAUGAGCCGCUCCAGUUUGUCAGAGUCACCGACAUGCAGCCUGGAUGAGGGAGGUGAGGAGAGGCAGCAGAGACAGUGCAGCAUGGAGGAAGAGAUAACUCAGGAGACAGGGGAUGCAGCCGUCCCUGUCACCGAAAUGGAGAAGGAGGAGGACGAGAGCGGCGGCCAGGCUCAGACUCCUGCAGAGGAGAAGGUGCCCAAGCGCAUUGAAGUUCACUCCAUCCACACCUAUGUAGCACUCUACAGGUUUUUGCCUCAGGAACAGAACGACCUGGAACUACAUCCCGGUGAUCGGGUUCAGGUCACGGACGACUCGAACGAGGAGUGGUGGAAGGGAAAGAGCGGCGACAGAGUCGGUUUCUUCCCCGCCAAUUUUGUGCAGCGGGUCCGGCCGGGAGAGAGAGUGUGGCGUGUCAUCCAGAACGUUCCCUGCAGUCGAGAACGAGGACAUAUGGCCGUCAGGGAAUCUCAGAUCUGUGUGGGGAAGCAAGAAGAUGGCGAGGUGUUUCUGAAGCUGAGCAGUGGGAAGAAGAGGGGACUGGUCCCAGCUGACUCCAUAGAGGAGAUCUGAGCCUCAUCCCUGCCUUUCAUCAUCCACUUCCUCUAGAGACCCAUUUUCAAACUAUCGGCCACCACCACCCCACCCCCUCGCUUCGCCUCGCCUUGUCUCGGCAAGACAACAGCCACAGUUUAACUGAUUUAAGCCAAACAUAGACACAGGACUGGACUUCUGCAAAGAUCAGGAGCCGCAGCCCCCAGUCAACACUGGUUUUUAGAUUUGAUGUUUUGUUGUUAGUUAUGCAGAAGAUCGGACCUUAUUACUGCACUGUAUCUGUAGUCCUGCUGUAGAGGAAUCUUUUCAAGUGCAGAAAGCAGAGACCAUAAUUUGCUGGUCCUCAUCUACUCAUUUUUGGAGGAGGCUGUGCUUUGUCAUGAGAACACAACGGUUCCGUCAGUGUCCUUUUCAUGUUUCUGCCCACUCCGUAUGCCUCAUCCCUGCGUUCACGUGUCAGUAUCUGUGGCCUGGACGCUGAGAUCAGCUUCAUGCAAACUGGUCACAAUACUGGCCAAGGACAAUGACUGCCAGCCAGAGAACGAUUGUUUUUUUUGCCCCCUGUUCGUGACAGACGAGCAGAAUUAGAUGGAAGGAUCUUCUGAAGAACCGCACUUGCCAACUUCUGAGCACAGAAAUAAGGCGAUUUUCAAGGGAAAGUUAGAAGAUGUGAGGAUCCUAUUUUCAGAGGAAAUCAAAACUUUUAUCCUAACUUUUCAAGUGUAAAGCUUCAAUGAAUAUGUGGUGCAAAAAAAUGCGUUACUGCCUUGAACAUUUUUGACUCCCAUGUCCCAUAGAAAGGAAGUUAUUACACAAUUAAUUUUAGCUUUUCACUUCUAAAAUUGAGAGAAAUUUAAACUUCUGGGAUUUUUUUAAAUAUGUACCUUUCCUUAUCUUUUAGGGUUUGGCAUUUUCUUGGCUUGUUUUCAACAAAGUUGAAAGGGAGAGGAGAUGAGACUUUCUUCGAGGGCGGUCCUCCCUUUUUUUGCCGAAUGAUUGUGACCACCGAGAAAACACUGUCGACGUCCCUCCAACUGCAGCAUUUACCAGUAGCAGGAGCUUUUUUCCCAUUUACACAUAAAGGAGGCUUCUGCAGAGAGCAGCAGUAAAGUGUUGUACAGCAUUCUAACAUGUUCACAGGAGUUCAAACAGCAGGGAAAUAAAACUGAAGCCUGUCUGCCAGGAGAGAAAAAAACUAAACAAUAACACAAUGGGUGGCUCUCUGACCACGACAAGGAGUACAAGUUUCCUUGGCAGCUUAGAGGAGAAAAUGUGAAAAAUAAAAAGAGGAGGGGUGCAGUGAGAGCAACGAGAGGAGCAACUCAAGCGCAGUUAUGAGUCAGUGUGUGUGUGUGUGCAGGUAGUGUUGUACCCGUGGGUUCACGAGUCAUCAUUGAUCAAAUGUCAGCCUGUCAGCUCCAUCUUAUGCUCCACGUUUGGCCUCUCUGUUAUUGAUGUGACUGGUCCAUUUUUGACAUGAAGCGAAGCGAAGGCAUUUUGUUUUUCACGCAUGAAGGAACGUGUGUGGCAGUUUUAGUGUGGUGAUUCAUACGUGCAUUAUUUAUUUUUAUUUAACAAAUGUCAUUCCCUGGGAGGAGAAGUACUCACUUCUGCUUGUGGAAGAUGGCAAAAAUAUUUGGGAAGUCGUUAAAUAAUUGAACUUGUAUUUCUGCUUUUAGAGGAAAUUGUGGAGCUGAAAUGAUUCCACUUAGGUCAAAAUUUGACUUUGCUUGUGUACAAAUGAGAUUUUCUCCUUGUAAUAAAGACGGCAGUUUAUUUUUGUGUCAUCCGAAUACUUUGCCCUUCUGCUAAGGUGAUUCUUCCUAGCGACUGCUGUCUCAUUCUUGCAAUUUCACUCCACCAUCAGACAACCUCCCUCGGAUGCUUUGUCUACAGUGGCAUUAACAUCUUCAGUGCAAAACUGGAUUCAUACGUUUAUCCAUGUACUAGUUUUUACACAUUUGUUAUCUCGCGUUCCACCUAGUUUUUAUGUAAAACCACACAUUGCACCGCUGAGGUCUCAAAAUGUCUGUGUUUGUACGUUUCCUGAGCCUAGAGUCAUUGGUCGGCCACAUACCUCAAUAAAAGAUCUUUACAAAA